AUGCGGCUGCUCAACAUCCAUAGCUUGAAGCUCGUUGAGUUCCGCGAGCAAAGUAGGCCUGCGUAUGCCAUCGCAUCUCACCGAUGGGACGAGCACGAGGCGACUUUUGCAGACGUCAGAGACACGCAAAACACAUUAACCACAGGGUACCGGAAAGUCAUAGACUUUGCUGAUUAUAUAAAGCUGAACAUCCCUGGCGUCGAGUGGCUAUGGAUCGACACAUGUUGUAUUAACAAGGACAGCGCGGCUGAAUUGUCGAAAGCUAUUAACUUGAUGUUCGAGUGGUACCAAAAAGCAGACAUCUGCCUCGCAUAUCUACGGGAUGUUGAGGAGUCUGACGAGCCUGAGAAUGAAGUGGGUCUUGAGCGAAGUGAAUGGUUUGAGAGAGGAUGGACGCUGUAA